AUGUCGACCCUCGAGCCGCGACCAGCCUACACAGACGCCGAGCUGGCCCAGCUAUAUCCGGCCCAGCUCCAGCUCCAGCUCGUCCAGAUCCUCCUCCGCCACGGCGAGCGGACGCCUGUGACGCCGCGGUUCCAGAACACGGGCCUGCCGGCCUUCUGGCCCUACUGCACCGUGGCCCGCCACCUGCGUAGUGCGGUGCUGGACCCGGACACGUCUGGCUCCUCGGUCGACCCCAAAUUCUCGACGCUGGCAUGGCAGCGGCGCGUAGAGACGUUUGGGCGCAACGACGCCCCCGUGGUGGCUGUGGGGCCCCGGUCCGAGCUCGACUCCAUCUGCGACCUAGGCAUGUUGACGGACCGGGGUCGCGAGACCACGACGGCCCUCGGCCGCCGCUUGCGCCACCUGUAUGUCGACCGGUUGGGGUUCCUCCCGCCGGCCAUCAACGACGACACAGCCGCGUCGCUAUACCUGCGCGCCACGCCCAUCCCGCGCGCCCUCGAGUCCCUCCAGCAGACGCUGCACGGGCUGUACCCGUCGCACACGCGCGCGGCCGACUUGGCGCCCCUCACCAUCCUGGGCCGUAACAUGAACGACGAGACCCUGUUCCCCAACGAGGGCACGUGCCGCCGCUUCGCCGCCCUGGCACGCGCCUUUGCCGACCGCACCGCCCAACGCUGGAACUCGUCCGACGACAUGGCCUACCUGACCCGCAAGCUGGGCAGGUACAUGGACCCGGCCAACCCGGUCGUCGCCGUCGAUGGCCACCCGCGCCUCAGCGGCAUCAUGGACUCGAUGAAUGCCACGGCCGCACACGGCCCCGAGACCCGCCUCCCCCGCGAGUUCUACGAUCCCGAGGUCAAGCGCAUCAUCGAGACCAUCGGCGUGGAGGAGUGGUACUCUGGCUACCGCGAGAGCCAGGAGUACCGCGCCUUGGGCAUCGGCGGCCUCCUGGGCGACAUUGUCAGCCGCAUGGUCGCCAGCGCCGACGGCGUCGAUACCAACUCGCCCUCCCGCCCCGGCUCCUCGGGCAUCCGCUUUGGCCUCAGCGGCUGCCACGACACCACCCUCGCUGGCGUCCUUGCCUCCCUCGGCGCCUUCGGCAACGACAAGUGGCCCCCCUUCACCAGCCACGUCGCCCUCGAGCUCUUCCGACAUGCCGGCAAGCCCGCCCCUUCAUACCCCUCCCGCUCCUCCUCCGCCUCGUCCUGGCUACCCUCCUUCCUUGGCGGAACCAGCUCCGCCUCAUCCUCCCCUUAUACCUCCUCGGUCGGGAGCAACGGUGCCCUAGCCGCAAAGAGGACCCCCGACCUCUCCGACGCGGACCGCGCCCGUCUGGACGGCUACUACGUCCGCAUCCGCUACAACGAUCAGCCCGUUACCAUUCCCGGCUGCAAGGUUGCUGGGAACCAUUUGCCCGGUGAUGAAUCCUUUUGCACUUUGACCGCAUUCAAAUCCAUCGUAGACAAAUUCACCCCUACAGAUUGGAAGCGUCAGUGCCGUUCAAAUCACGACGCUCCUGCUUUCCCCGCCAAGAUUGAACCAUCCGGUUUCUAG